AUGCGUGUCACAUGCGCCGUGUGGUGCCCACCGUGCCAGUACAUCAAACCCAUCUUCCGUGACUUUGCCAAGGACCUCCCGGAAGCAGCGUUCAUCGAAGUCGACGUCGACGAGAGCGACGAGCUGUCGGCGGCCGUCGGUAUCCGAGCGAUGCCGACGUUCCAGUUCUAUCGCAACGGCAAGAAGAUUGAUACGAUGACGGGCGCCGACCCCACGGGUCUCAAGCGGCUGCUCCAUCAGCACAAGUAAAUCAUAAUGUAUCAACCCAUUCUGCA